AGCCUUUCCUUUCUCUCUCUUUUCCUUUUCUCUAUCUUAAACAAAAUCCAUUCACUCUCUUUUUUCCUUCUCAAUUGGAUAAAAGAAAAGGGCUUCUUUUUCUUUCUUUUUUCCUUUUUCCUUUAUGGAUGUUAAAAUGAGAGGUUUUAGGUCUGCAGAACCUCAGAGGACAAAAGAGGAGGAUAUGGCCGACGUCCGGAAAGGCCCUUGGACGGCGGAGGAGGAUUCAGUUCUAUUCAAUUACGUUAACUACCACGGCGAAGGCCGUUGGAACGCCGUUGCUCGUUGCACCGGGUUGAAGAGAACCGGAAAGAGUUGUAGAUUGAGAUGGUUAAAUUAUUUGAGACCGAGUGUUAGGCGUGGCAAUAUCACUCUCCAAGAACAGCUCUUGAUUCUUGAACUCCAUUUUCGCUGGGGCAACAGGUGGUCCAAAAUAGCGCAAUAUUUACCGGGAAGAACAGAUAAUGAAAUAAAAAACUAUUGGAGAACAAGGGUUCAAAAGCAAGCUAAACAACUCAACUGUGACGUGAACAGCAAACAAUUCCGUGACGCCAUGCGAUAUGUGUGGAUGCCUCGUUUGCUCGAACGUAUCCAAGCCUCAACUGAUUCAACCAGCACCACCGUCGACGUCAUACAACCACCACACCCACCUCUGGAGUUGACCCAAUUGUCACCAUCUGGAUCUAGUUGGAUCAACCCUCAUGUGGCUCCCACAACUUCAUCGUCAGAUUCUAUAUCUGAUCAGGUUCAACUUCAAGUUUCGUCUGUUUCAGACGUGGUAGAGAACUUUAACUCCGUAGGUACGAGUGAGGAGGACGGGAUGGUGAUGCUAAUGGAACACGGCUGUGACGGAGAAGCGAUGAACGGGUGGAUAGGUGGCGGAGAGUUAUUGGAGAAUGGGUUUUGGAAUGAAGAAGAUAUGUGGUCGUUCUUGCAACAACAAUUGGGUGAUGAUGUUUAAAAGGAAAAAUUAGAUUAAUUAGAAAGCCCCCAAAUUUGAAUUUACUUACGUGACGGCAAAUAUUAUAAACAGGGGAAGGAAUGACUUGACAAAUUAGAAGUGUAGGCUUAAAAAUACAUGAUGACAAAAACAAAGCAACAUUGACAACUUAUGAUGUCCACUAGCUUGGUGUGACAUUUAGGUUUUGGUAAGUUUAUACCAUUAAAGUUGUAUGUUAAAUUUACACACUUUGGUCCCUCACUAAUAUUAUGUUUAGAAUUAAUAUCAA